CAGCAGUUUCGGAUCAUGGUGGAAGGCCGGAAGUCUUUUGGGGUCAAGACUCAACAGCAUCUCUUCCAUCAAGAAAAACAAAUCUAUGCCCUCAAACAAGAAAACGAGGAGAUAAAUUUACUCCUGACUCUCUGCAAGUCACCCCGGAACAUUUUCAUGGAUGACCACAACUGCAUGGAACUGAAGUUUCUUCUGCAGACCAAAGACGAGUACGAUGCUCUCAUUAGAGCCACCAAAGCUUUGAUUGCUGAAUUGGAUGACAAGGUAGCCGAGAUAGGGAAAAAGAUUCAGAAGCAAAAAGUGGUGGUGAUCAAGCUGAGGCGGGAGUUUGACGGCAGGUGGCUCCAUAGGCAGAUCCACUUGCUGGAGAACCGUCUCAACCACGUCACGGUUUAUUUUGACACCGUCCUGACCACCAACGCCAAGCUCCGGGAAGAGAUUUCCAACCUGCUGUGCCAGAAAUCUAUUUUUGAUAACAUCUACUCCCGGCUCCACAAGAAGCUGGAGCAGCAGAAGAAGACGAUGGAUGUAUCUAUUGAACAGUCCACCGUAGCCUAUGAGCAAAGGGUAGAAGCCCUCGCAAGGAUUUCCGCCAUGAAGGAAAGGCGUUGCAAAGACAUUGCACAGUACAACAUAGAGUACCGGGAGCUGGAACGGGUCUACAACCAUGAGACUAAACUGAAGGCAUUUAUGUUUAUCAAAUUGGUGGAUCGCUCUGAAUUUGAAGAGCAGGCCAAGAAGGCAGACGCUCUCAAGGCCCAGAAGCGCGCCAAGACCAAAGGCGAGAGCUUUGAGAGCUACGAAGUGGCCUACAUGCGCUUGAUGAGGCUGACCGAGAACAACGACAUCGACCAGCUGGUGGAGGACUUCAUCGAGAAGGAGGAGAAGAACUUCGCCUACUUCAGCUACGUCACAGAGCUGAACAACGACAUGGAGAGGCUGCAGAAGAGGAUUGAGGACAUCCAGAAUGAAAUCUCUGAGCUGAAAUCCCAACAUAAGAAGGCGGAUGACAUCAUUCGCGGCUCCAUGAAGGAGGUGGAGGACAAGUUGCAGAAAACCGUGGAAAACGCCAACAUGUACGAGUACAAGCUGAAAGAGAGCAGCAAGACCCUCGACCAGCUGAAAUCGGCUGUGGGCUACCUGUUUAAGCAAACGGGCUGCGACGCAACCAAGAUCAAGGAGCACCUUGGCGAGACCGGGGAGAUCACAAAUCAGAACCUGAUGCAGUACUUCAGUAUUGUAGAGAAGAAGAGCAAUGACCUUCUGCUGAUCGAAUCCUUCUUGCGCUACAAGGAGCUGGAGGGAGAGCUGGACUCAGUCCCACUCUUGAACCCAUUUUUGGGCGGCUCGGCCUUACUGAAAAAGCUGGACACCAUUAAAGUAGCCCCACCGACUGUCACCGUAGAUCCGUUGGCAGAUCUCUUGGGGCCUCUGGAGGGACCAGUGGACCACACCACCUUACGCAGCCUUAUAUUAGAGAGCCAGGAGAAAGAGAAAUCCAGAAGGAGCUCGAUGGAUAGAGGGGAAUCCCCGAGGGAGAAGAAGAAGAGCUCCCCGAUCUAG